GUACGGACUGGUACGAUGUACUGGCAGGUACCAGGUACCGGUACCGGUACGACUGUAGCUUCAUUCGUCUGAGACAGUGAUCUGAUGCCUCUGCCGGCUUAUUUUCAGCAACACACAUCCAAGCAAUGAGCGCCGACCAUGAUAACGGAGGAGAAGACAGCUUUGGUCAAUACAACAGUGGCCACCAUGACAGGAGCGCCGUCGGGAAACACCAGUGAGUUCUUUGAAGAUGACGAUGAGGAGAUCCUGCGUCUUCUCCUUGACUCUGAAUCACGAGGAGACGACACAUUUUCUCGCUUGAAGGGCCUUGGACAGCGCUUCAUGGAGGAUCAUGGACACCUCUCGCAUCAACCGCAAUGGUCAGCUUGGACGAGCUCGGCCAAUCAACUUCAAUUUAGUUUUUCGGAAGCCGUCUCGAAUCCAUCUGGGUCGUCUUCUGAGUCUACGGGGCCCUAUCCAGACGCCUUUGAUUCCGAAGGUGGACAAAAGCAUCUCAGGGCGACAACUUCGCUCCUGAACGUGUCCGAGCGACGGGCAGUCCAAUUAACCAUGAGCUCGCUGCGAGACGUCAAAGAGUCGAAAAAUGUUCAGGCUUUAUUGGGCACACGGGCCUUGCUGGAAAAGGUGAUGGAGUAUCAUUAUCGACAACGUACAGCAAGAAUCGCCGUCAUUUUGGAGCUGCUGCGGCUGGAACAAGCUGCUGAUGGGGCACCUCCCAGCAAAGUUCUCGAAGUUCUCGAUUUGCUGGACUCUUCUUAUACCAACAACAUGGAAAAGCGUGGACUACUUCGCUAUUUUGUGUCAACCAUCUGCCAAAAUGCAGAAGGACAGAAACCAAGCCCACUGCAGCUACAACGGGCAAAAGAAUUGAGUGCCGAUGCACCUACGUCCUUGGACCAGUCAUUGGGACGGCCUUUUGACCAAACUUCCCGGGAUCUAUGGCAUCAAUUCGUUGCCAAGUGCUUGAACUCAAAUCAAAAUCGAAUCUAUCAAGAGCGUCUUGGUGCCAUGGAAGCCCUUGUUGCGCUCCUGUACUUUCGAAUUGAAGGUGGUGUGCGGAGGGCUGACUACCUGAUUCUGUUGCUGGCCUUCCAGUCUGCGGAGAAAAUUUUUGCCGCAAGCCCUGAGAGUCGAAAACUUUCACAACUUGCUGCCAUGGUUUGCGUCGAAUGCUUGGGUCUCUGGAACGCCUUUGAUGAAACCACAGAAAGUAACAAUUGGGUUGCUGAACACCCGUUUCUCGAGGGUGUUGCACCAACCGCAACUGGUGGACAACAUCCAGACUACAGGAGAGCAGAAACCGAAAUGAGAUCUCUGAGGUCGUUCCUCGAGAAACGUGCACUUCAAAUUGGCAUCAAGCAAGAAGCACCCGAGUCGUUGGCAAUCUUGUCAUUUGGACUGUUGCAACUUUUGACGUAUGACGGCAUUCUCAAGUCUUCUUGUGGUGCAGACAUCAAUGCUUUUUGGCACGUAUUCCGUGAACAAGGACAAGCGUUCAUCGAAUUGUCCUCUGAGAAGCUUUCGGCCUUGGAUUAUCUCCAAGCAUGCAUGGAAAAACUGGUUUCCCCAAAGAAAUACAGCGAUGGCCGCCCAGCGAAUCUUCCAUACGAUUGGCUAUUUGUUUUGCGAGAAAAAACAAGUCCCAUGGAGACAGGUUCCGGGGAACAGUUUGAAUGGGACUUGGACGUCGAAUCGAUGACGUUCGCUUCUAUCGGUCAUGAACUUCUCAGCUCUCUGAUUAGUGCGUUUGGGGAUACAAUUCUAUCAGUGCAACACAGCGCAGCCUGUCAAAACUUGGCCCUGAUAUGCGAGCUGGCGUCUUGUAUCUAUCGAAAUAGUCCUUCGCUGUGCCAUUCCUUUUGGCAGCACGUCGCCUCGGAGGCACCAGAGUCCAAUUUGUAUCCUCUUUGUCGAGUGGUGGAAUCAUCCGCGACGUUGGCGCAGCACGCUUUCCGUGUGUACCGUGAGAAAAAGACCCUGAAAAAUGAACAGAUACUGGGGUCACUUGUACCGAUUAUGCAGCUGUUGGGAAGUCUGUGUUGCAUUUCAAGCAACGUAGAAGCCAUCUUUGAGAUGGCCAUUCCUGCCUCGUUGUUACAAAAGUCAUUGCUCGCAUGUGCACAUGGGAACCAAUUGGAGGACGUUGAAUUCACAAGGAACAAGGCAAAGUUGUUGGACUCUCUCGAAACAUUCAGCCGCGUGGGAAACUCUGCUUCCUGUCGUGCCAUACUCAGAGGUGCUCUGGACAAAGACUUGCAACUUAUGGACGUACCGGUACAUGUAUCAGGGCCGGGCUUUCUCGUGAAGGUACUCGAGUCAUCCAAUUUGAAGCACAGAAAAUGUGUUCUGAACAUUGCGGCUUGUCUGUUGAAAGAAGCUCCUGUCACAUGGACACUUCGGUUAUUCAAAGGGUUGCGAGACGCCAAGGUUGUGACCCCUGGAGAUUUUGAAGAAGAAGAAACAAUGCUUGCAGUCUCACUCGUGUACAACGAAUUCGCGAGGUCUUUGAUCGCGGUUGCGUUCUCGGAAUCUGUCGGAGAUACGGAAGCGAUCGAGUUUUGGAGUUUUGUCUGGGAAGGAGUUGUCAAACUAGCUCCAAUACUGUCGCUGUGUUUGUCGAACGUCACAAGGAAGCCCGUGAACUUGCGAACCGCUGCAUCGAUUAUGGACUUUUUCUCGGUUAUCCUUGAGUCAGUGGUUCCAACUCUUUUGCUCCACAAAUCCGCAGCGCUGGGAGAGGUGGUUGUCGAAAUGAGGGACGCUCUCCUGGAAAUGCUUGCCUCGGGGAUCGGUGAAUCGGUCAUGUUUUAUGCUCUUUUGCCGCUGUCGUCAAGCAUGGGCUAUAUGAUUGAAGCCUACGCAGAAGAGCAAAAUAUUCUGCAGUACGCUGCUAUGAAAGAAAACAACUCGACGGGUAAAUACGGGCUAUGGCACUCUGCGGCGACACGAAACUCUGUUCCCGCCAGUGAAACUUCAGAAACGGAACUACAGGUAAAGGAAAUUGUACAACAAACUCCUAUCCGCUUCAAAAUCAUCCCCGAAAAAACAGGCGUGACGAUUGAAGCCGUUAUGCUCGCUACAGGAAACGCGCUUAACCUGCUAAGAUUGUGGGCAGUACAUGUAUCCCGACAAGAUUGCGGCGCCGUUGUGCACCAACCUCGACUUGAAGACGCACAGAGAGACCGCCUAUUGUCAUUGAGCCCUCAAAAGCUACUGGGAAUGCGCGCCAAAUUGCCGCAACCUUUGCGAUCGAAAAGCGACGUGAAGGUGCUCUGGGAUGCUGUCAGUCCAACCAACAUUCAGCUUCUCACUAGAUACUUCGAAGCAAACAUUGAUGGCAGUAUUCUAGAGACUGCUUUGGACUUCUUGCAUGCGUGCGUGCUUCAUGUGAAGAUUGGCACUGGAGAAGUUCCUAGGGACAUGGGUCUCUUCUCUAUAAUUCAAAAGUCCAAACUUCCAGAGCUCGUUGCUCCCUUGGCCGAGGCUUCGUUGGGGGACGCAAUCGACGGCAACUCGAAAGAAAAUAUGGCGCUGUGUGUGUUGGCUUUUCGAUUUCUUUCAAUCACUCUCCCAGUCGCCAAUGUCGAGAGCUUUGGAAAGACGCUGAUGAAGAGCGCCUUCUCGGCAGUUGAAGCAACGUGCAAAGAUCUCCACAAAGUCAGAGAGAGGAAGCCGCUAGAUGGUUUCGAACAUGUGGAAGUGUUGGACAAGCUACAGCUUUCAGUGGCUUGCCUCGGCUUUCUUCGCGCCAUAUGGAUUGACGGAGACAGGCUUGAGUCAAAACUUGAACUGAGGAAGCAGUUUGAUGACGAGAGCACAACAUUCUUGUCUCUAGCCAAAGUGCUGAUGCAGCACGCUCACACGAAGCAACCCCAAACAAACGACGGAGCCUCUGCCGGUGCUCGGGGUUGCUUGUUUGCUUUCUUGGCCACAGCUGUCGACUUCCUGUGUAUCGUCACUGACUAUGCUCUUAGCAGUGGAGACUCCAACUGCUCUCUUGUGCGUAUGCUUCGAGAGAACGCUUACCAGAUUAUCGCCAUGCCAAAAUACUUCAUGUCAGUUGAUAGCUGCAGCGGUGUUGCGUCAUCCACCUUAGCAUUUGCAGCCUCCAUCAAGCGAGAGAUGAAAGACCUGUCCCGUCCCGACAGUCUACUGCAAGCGUUUCCGAUCACGGCGUCGAACGAGUUUGCCGACGUCUUCUUCAACGUCGACGUCUCUGCAUUCACAUCUGCUGUUCGGCCAUUGUCCAUUGGAUCUGCAUCUUUUGAAGAUCUCAAAAGAAACGUACUGGUUAUGUCGUUGGCGCGGUUCUCAUAUUCCAGCCAGGCGAUCUUGCUGCUGCACUGGAAGAGGUUUGCGACGUCGUUGAUCCGAGUUUCAAAGAAUGGCGCCACGCCUUCGGGCGCUGGCCAGAGAGCCGUAGACAACCCAUAUUUGAAUAGCUCCAUUGAAGCCAUCGAGGUGCUAACAGCCAACGCCAUUUUGAUUGGAGAACAUCAAGUUGCUUUGAACGGUCUGGAUAUUGGGGAAGUGGCAAAGUCAAUGUCGAGCUUGGUUCUGGUGCUCGUUUACGAAGGCCUGGAAUUCGCAACACCAGGGAACCCUGACCUCUUGAUCUCGAUUCUGGGACUAAUUGGAAAAUGCACCUCGAAGCUCUUCGACCUCCUGGAGUCUGACACCGACAUGUGCUGUCGUGUUGUGGGGCAGCUUCUCGCCUCAGCAGUUGGAAUCUUCGAGCAGUAUGAUUUGCCCUCAGCCAACGUGGCUGGCAGUAUUGGCGAAGCUAUUGGCGACCUAUUGCUGAUCACGAGCAAGCAGCUCAAGUUGCUUGAAGGCAGGCGGGGAACAGAUCACGAUUGCUUCAAAACGUGCAUUGUUCUUUUGUCAGUGGUGACAUCGUGGAGCUUGGACUGUCACUCUUCCUUCCCACUGGCGAAAAUGUUGGAGGAUCUCAGCACAAUCAAGACAUUGGUUAGGCUCGUCACGGCAUAUUCCUCACGGACAACAACCCCCCAGACCACUAAGCAAAGCGUGGAUGAGUAUAUUGAUAUCCUUGAAGCGCACUUCGAUCUGAUCUUCACUGCACAAAACAUCGAUUUGAUAGAAGUCUUCAAUCGUGCGGGGGCGCUACAUCUGCUGAUUCGUAAUCCAAUCUUUUCGAACAAAUUCAACGCAGCAUCUUCGAGCUCUGAUUUUAGAGGAUACAUCCCCACGCAGGAGAGAUUCAACGUGAGGAGUUCAACCAGCUUUGUUGGGGGCAUUGAAGAUCCGUCCCACCUUCUGUGGCGAAAGGGCAUUCGGUGCUGGAAGGCAAUUCUUAGAACCACAAGGAAGGAUUCAGCCAUGAAGGAGCGCUAUCAAGGCCUUGUUGCACACUUCCUACGUACGCACCAGAACUACAUGAUGAGCUGCUUGGAAACCAUUACCGAAAAAGCAUUGUCACGCAAUAUUCUGGAGGAAGCUACGCUCAUACUGUCCCUUUUUGCAGAGCUAUGCAGGCGACCGUGCAAGGAUAGGUCAACCUUCUUGCUCAUUUUGGAAAAGUUUGGGGGCAGCUUGUUGUUGAUUGUUGCCCGAUUGUCCGGAUUCCUCGGUGCGUCUUCUUUGUCGAGGGAGUUUCUUGAUGUGCUUUCGGAUAACGACGAGGAGGCAGACGCUGCUGACUUGGGCAUGAGACUAUCCCCGUACAAUCAAGUACACAACACUACUCAUGAGGCGAUUCGGUACUCGCACUUCGCCAACAAAUUUCGCAGAGCGGUGACCAAAGAAGAUUUUGAGAGUUCAAUAUCUCAGACUCAGGAGGACCUUCGAUCUACAACAGACUUUCAGAAACAUGCCAAAGCUCUCAACAACUGUGAAUUUUCCAGCUUCAUCGAAGUUGCAGCAGCAGAAUGCUUGUUCUCGGCUGUUUCAUUGCUGUGGGAAACGCAUCCUGUCAACGAAUCCUUUGUCUUGUACUCCCAAGCACAGGCGUCAAGGAUUGAUGUUAUGGCACUUGUCAAUCCGGAUAUUGGACAAGUCGUUGCCUACACGUCGGACGCCUAUUCUUCGCCGUGUUUUGGGGAGAUCAAAUUCAAAGAUACCGUUGAUAAGAUGCUCUUUGUGAAAGAUUUGGUCUCGGGUAAGAACGAAGCGGUUCCUUCUUGUCAUGUAGUGGGUGUUGAAGAUGUCAAUAAGAGACGCGCAAUCCUGCGAUACGUCCCUGCCCCGGACUCGGCUUCGGACUUGGAGGCAAGUCAGGGGUCCUCUGCAACUGUGGGUCAUCUUGUUCUGGCGCUUCGUUGGUGUGCUGGCCCCCCUUCGAACUCCAAUCCAGUUGUGAAAAGGCUCGCUUCCUUGCUCUCGCUCGUGCUUGGAUGUGAGCUAAAAGUUCAUGCUCUCAUUUCGAGUCCGGCUUCGAAACCGGAAAAAGAGGUGCAACGGCUCCAAAAGCAGCUGCUUGACCUGUUUGGCGAUGUGCCAGAGAUUGCUGCAGGCCAUGGUCGUUUGAAGCAUGUCCUAAGUGAGCUCUCUUGGGUAAAAAUUCGUCAACAACUUGCAGCAGAUUUGGAGAGUGGAGCCGAAACACAAAGAGACGCCAUGAGCAAUAACGAUGCAAUGGCGAUUGAGGAUGGAUACUCCAGCAGCCGAAGCAAUCCAUUUCAGGGUCUGGCUAUGGAAUACUAGCUAGCUAGUCUAGGGGGCCAAUUAAUAGAUAGCUGAUUUCAAAUGUUACCGUUGUCGCAACACUAGUAGACAAACGCAUUUGCCGGCAAGA